GACUAUUCCGGAUCGUUGACAGUCGCGAAUAGACCACAGUCGAGUUCAGUAGUUAGUGGUUUGACAUUUAAAUACGAAUACGGAGCACGACGUGAAUUAUACGCAUAGCCAUAUAUAUACAUAUAGACACCUACAUACUUGCCUCUAUAAAUAACAACUUAUAUUAAAUUAAAGACAAUUAUAACUCAACCUGAACCAUGUCGUCUCAUCAAUCCAUCGAUGAUAAUGCCAUACGUCCAUUGAGCGCUGAAUUGGCGCUAAAGGCGCAUCAGGAACUGGGUGAGGUUCCCGAUCGUGUCUCCGCUGACAUUCAGGCGCUUCGUACUUGGAUCUCAAAGCAGCCGCAUUUGAAGGCACGACAGGAUGCACAAUUUCUGGUCGCCUUUCUGCGGGGCUGCAAGUACAGUCUGGAGAAGACCAAACUGAAGCUGGACAACUUCUAUGCGAUGCGGGGUGCAGUGCCGGAAUUAUACAAUAAUCGUUUUGUGGGCGAGAAACAGUUGAGCAUACUCAAAACGGCCUGCCUGCUGCGACUGUCGCAACCACUGCAGGUGGACGGACCACGUAUACACAUCUCACGCUAUGCUCAGUACGAUUCCAACAAGUAUUCCAUUGCGGAGGUGAUGCAAGUGAACACCAUGUUGGGUGAAAUACAAAUACGUGAAGAUGAUAAUGCCAUGGUAUCUGGAUUCGUUGAGAUUAUUGAUAUGAAAGGUGUCACUGCCGGUCACAUGUUCCAGUUCGAUGUGGUGCUGAUCAAGAAACUCGCUGUGCUGGGUGACAAAGCUCUGCCCUACAGGCCCAAGGGAUUCCACUUCAUCAACGCACCAUCCACCGCCGAGAAAGCCAUGUCCAUAGCAAAGGGUUUAAUGAGCGACAAGAUACGCAAACGGUUCCACAUACACUCCAAACUAGAUACACUCUAUCAAUAUGUGCCCAAGGAAUGCUUGCCCGUUGAAUAUGGCGGCACCAAUGGCACCAUUCAAAAUGUUGUGGAUACUUGGACUCAGAAACUGAUUGACUAUACGGACUUCUUUGAGCAGGAUGCACAAUAUGGCACAAAUGAGAAACUGCGACGAGGUGAACCUAUCAACUCCGAAACGCUCUUCGGAAUUCAGGGAUCAUUUCGAAAACUGGACAUUGAUUAGUUUCUUUAUCUAAUUUUAGUACAAAUUUUAAUAAUAAUCCAAGUAAUGAACAAAAACCAUUUAAAGCACAAAACUAAAUAGAUUGUAAAAUAGAACACAACAAAAUUAAGCUAAACUGUUUAAAGAUUCAAA